AGAGGAUGAGAGGGGGAAGGAGAAGGGACGGAGGAGAGAGCUGGGGGGAUGACUGCAUCAAAGGAAAACAAGAAAAAAAAAACCAAACCCAGUCAUGACUCCUGUAAUGCAUACUAGUUUUUUUAUACAUCAUAAUGCUCGCUCUGUUUACCUACACAGUAUGCCGCAAUAAAUGACGAGUCGCCCCGAGAAGUGUACGCUGGCUUGACAGAGAUGUCAUCUCCAGGCAUGGGCACCCCCAGUGACCCCCUCUUGGCCAGUCCAGGAGGGAGGUUAUCCACAGCUCAGGAAGGCAUCUGGAGGAGCUCACUCCCCAAAACUGCCAGCUUCCCAACGUCCACCACUCGGCACCUCAGUCACCGAGCAAACAACUUCCAAAGACAGCCAAAGCGCAGGAAGCUGAUACGACCUUCACCGCCUCCGCCGCCCAACACGCCCUGUCCUCUGGACCAGCUGGACCUCAGUGAGCUUCCCCCGAGACGUACCUUCCAAGAGCUGCUCUUCAACGGCUGCAUCCUGUUCGGUAUUGAAUUUAGCUACGCCAUGGAAACUGCUUAUGUGACUCCUGUGCUCCUGCAGAUGGGCCUACCUGAUCAGUUCUACAGCUUGGUGUGGUUUAUUAGCCCCAUUCUCGGAUUCCUCGUACAGCCUCUCAUAGGAGCAUGGAGUGAUCGUUGCACAUCCCGCUUUGGGCGAAGGAGACCGUUUAUUUUUGCUUUGGCUAUAGGGGCCUUGGUUGGCUUAACCCUGGUGCUGAAUGGACGGGACAUUGGAGGUGCCCUGGCUGACACAGCAGCGAAUCACAAGUGGGGAAUCGUCCUGACAGUGUGUGGUGUUGUUCUGAUGGACUUCAGCGCUGAUUCAGCCGACAACCCGAGCCAUGCGUACAUGAUGGAUGUGUGCAGCCCAGAGGACCAGGAUCGGGGCCUGAACAUCCACGCGUUACUAGCAGGACUGGGAGGCGGAUUUGGUUACAUUGUCGGUGGCAUCAACUGGGACCAGACACAGUUUGGGAGGUCGAUGGGAGGCCAGCUGCGGGUCAUAUACGUGUUUACGAGCAUCACUUUGGUAAUAUCCACAGCCAUGACUCUAAUGAGUAUCCCUGAACGGCCCUUACCAAAGAGCCAGCCAAACAAAAACGCCAGCAAAAACCAUCUGAAAAGCCCCAGCCUCCCCCUUCCUCCCUCUCCUCCCGUCCCCCCUGGAGCGGCUCUGGGACUGGAUGAGGAAGACGAGGAAGGUCUUUACAGUUACAAUUUCUCAAAGCCAUGCAAUCCGGACCCCUUGGCCCAUUCUUGCAGCGCCAGUGCACGUCUUUGCGCUGGCCUCACUAGCCCCAUAUCACCCCUGAGCCCCCUCACUCCAAAAUAUGGCAGCUUUAUAAGCAGGGACAGCUCGCUCACUGGCAUUAAUGACUUUGCCUCCUCAUUAGGAACCUCCUACAUAGACAGUGUGCUCAUAGACUGCUAUACAGGUCAGCAGACUCCACAGGCCCUGGCCCCCAGCUCCAGCACUGUGCCCCUGCCACCAGGGGACUCCCCACCUCCUGAGGAGUCCACACAGGGCCCAGGCAGCAGUCCUGCAGUGCAGACCCAGGCUGAUGUGGAGCCUCGUCCGUCUGGGGAUGCUCAGAACGCAGAAGAGACUCAGCCUGAGGGAGAUGCACAAUCUCAUGGGGCAUCUCAGGUCACAGCUGGUGCUCCGCCUGGUGCAGGGUCACAUCGGGGCUCCACAGCAGGCAUCCUGAAGCGACCUCAGAGUCUUGCACUGAUGGAGGAGCCCAUGGCAACCCAGAUUGUUGGGCUGGAGAAUGGACGCAGAAGGACUGUGACUUUCAGCCAGCAGGUUGCAAACAUUUUGCUGAAUGGAGUGCGCUAUGAAAGUGAUCUAAGUGAGAAUGUGGAGACAGGAGAAUCGCAAAUGUCAAUGAAGUUGCUGUGUAUAGCCAUCUACAGGAUGCCUCCCUCUCUGCGAAGUUUAUGCACUAAUCAUUUUCUGGGCUGGCUGUCCUUUGAAGGGAUGCUGCUCUUUUACACUGACUUCAUGGGGGAGGUUGUGUUUGAAGGAGACCCCAAAGCACCCCACGACUCCGAGGCUUACCAGCGCUAUAAUGCUGGUGUCAGCAUGGGCUGCUGGGGCAUGUGCAUCUAUGCAUUCAGUGCUGCUUUCUACUCAGCCAUAUUAGAGAAACUGGAGGAGCGUUUCUCUCUUCGCACUCUAUAUUUUUUUGCCUACCUGGCAUUUGGUUUGGGCACCGGCCUGGCAACGCUAUCCACCAACCUCUACGUGGUACUUUCUCUCUGUGUCACCUACGGGGUGCUCUUCUCCUCUCUAUGUACGCUGCCUUACUCUCUGCUGUGUGAAUACUACCAGAGCCCUCAGUUCUGUGGCUCAUCAGAGGAAGGGACCAGACGAGGGAUGGGGGUGGACAUCUCUCUGCUCAGCUGCCAGUACUUCCUGGCUCAGAUCCUGGUCUCUGUGGCGAUGGGUCCUCUGACCUCGCUGGUGGGUGGGGCCCAGGGAGUGAUGUACUUUGCAAGCCUGAUGUCAUUCGUGGGCUGCCUGUACUCCUCUCUCUGCGUGGUGUACCAGCUGCCCCCCCCUGAGGGUGAGCCCCCCGAAAGCGAGACCCAGCCACUAUUGGUGCACAUUUAGAAAAGCCUCUUGAUUUACUUUUACCUCUCACACACACACACACACACACACACACACACACACACACACACACACACACACUCACUCACUCACUCACUCAUCGGCACACGCUCUCACACCGUCGCUUGGUGUCUGAGUGUGUUGACCUUCACAGCACUGAUAGUGACAAACACACUGCACAUCCUGCCGCACACUGUACAGCACAGUUUCAGAUAUUGUUUUACACUAAUCGGCACUGCUCGUCUCAGAGCUAGACAGACAGACAGACAGACAUUUGGCCACAGCUCUAAUACGUGUAUACAUGACCAGUGUGUUCAUACAGUGUGUGUGCCCAUGCAUUUUUUCCUAACUUUUGCAAACGAAUGUGUGACCUUUUUCGAACGCAUGUGUGUGUGUGUGAUUGCGAGAGACUGCGAGUGACUUCUCCGAGUAUAGACAAGCUCUUGUGUCUGAUUCUUUGCUGUUAAAACGCUUGCAUCAUAUUUUUCUUGCUUGUUUGUUGGUGUUUAGGAUAGAAAUGUUGAUCACUACGUGCUGGCUAACCACAGCUUUCCCCCCUUUUUUUCCUUUUAUCAGUUGUCUAACGUCUGCAUGAGCUGCAAUAUAAUCUCUCAAAGCCUUGUGUUAAUGUUUUGUUUUUUGGUCAUACGGCUGAGGGAAUGUCUACCUGCCUGUUUCUCUGAGUUAGCGUACUAGCAUCACAGCCUAGGCAGGAGUUUCUGACUAAACAAAUGUGCUGCCAGUGACCGUUCACACUCACUGUUAAUUCCUUCUUCAUUAAUUCAAGAGCUCUUUUAGCAUAAUUUAGCAAACACAUACUUAAUAUUCACAUGAAUCUGCACAACGCUUAAUCAUGGUCUUGAAGGGCUUCACAUUGUUCACAUUUUAACGGAAAAAUACAAACAACUCUUUCCACGCAGUCCAGUCUGCUAUCCCCAUAUUUCACAGUUUGGUGCUGGGCGACUCUUAAUCAGGUCCCAAAUGUGAGUACAAUGUCAACUAAGUACUUAAUCAUCAUAGAGCCAUGACUAACAGGAUGACAUAUAUGUAUAUAUACGCACACAUUUACACAAACUUUCACAAACACAGAGAAAUGUGUGCUGGUGGCAAAUUGUGUCUGGGCCCUCACCAAGCCAUGGACAGCCCUGUGAGCUGUCACCCUGCUCCCUGGCCAUGCCAAUGUAAUAAUGACAGUGAUUCUUGUCAUUAUCAGGAAGAGGAGAAGUUGAAACUGGGGUGUGAAUCAGCAUUCAAUCGGAAACCGAACAAAACAGAAGAACAGCAAUCAGAGAGAGAGAAGACUCAUGUGAACUAUGGGUAACCCUGAAGGUGGACACCAUUAAAAAAACAAAGACUGCGGGGGUUUCACAGAGCCAGCAGCAAGUGCUUAUUGUCAUCUUUAGGGCGCAUGCUUAAAGUAGUAGGCUUCUGCUCCUCCACACUCGGCCCAUCAACUCAGUGUAGUGAUGACCUUAAGUUUAUUAGCCAAGUUUAUUAGCUGGAGGUUUUGAACUUUAUCCCCUUUUCAUCCGAAAGACGCCAUCCUCCAUCAGCAAAAUGGUACAUAUAAUUUAUUUUUUACAUCUGCUGUGCCAAGGCAAGUAGGACGCUCUAUCUGUUCAGCCUCGACACAGGCACCAAGCCUGAUUCCAGGGCUUUAACAAGAGGUAACUUUUGGUAACUAAAGCCUUUCAUUGUGAUGGUUUCAUUGACUGGGCACCCAAACGUUCUGGUGCUUCAGCAGAAUGUCAAUAAUUGCCUAUUACAGACUGACUGGAUGCACGCCAUGCUAAUGUUUCUGAGGAAACAGUUACUGUAUGGAUCAUGCUGUUGCAGCUUGCUUGAGAAAGAAAUAAAACACAGUUUUUGUUAUAUGGUACCACCUAUUGCUCAAUAUUAGCAGUGUUACUGUAAAAGCUACUUUUAUUCAGGGUUCAGUUAAAACUAAAAUGAUCAUUUUGCCA